AUGAAACAAGAAGAACCGAGAAAACGAGAACUUAGGAAGGCUUCUGGCCACGGUCACAUGACAAGAGGCAAAUACCAGAAACUCCAGGAAAAAAAUUCAGCAAAAAUCCAAUCACCGGAAGGAAUGGACGAAGAAUCAUUCACGGCAAAAAUUAAGGAAACAAUCAAUCAAGGAGAUACAGAAAAAUAUUCAAAUAUGACGGGAACAUGGUUCCCUCAACAAAUGUGGCCACCAGGCCAAGUAAUGGGAGUGCCAGAUGGUCAAAAAAUGAUGGCAAAGCAGCCGAAUUUCUUUAUGCCGCCAAUGCCUCCACAGAUGGGACACCAGAUGCACCCUCAAAUGGGACCUAUGGGACCUCAGAUGCAACACCCUCAAAUGUACCCGGGUCCAGUGGGUCAUCAUAUGCCUAAUAUGCAGCCUAUGCCAAUGCAACACCACAACCAGAUGCCUCCAAAAAUGGGAAACCAAAUGCCUAUGAAACAGAUGAACCCCAAAAUGCCUCACGUAGGACAAAUGAUUAUGCCGGGGAUGAGAAAUGUUCAGUUUUCCCCAAAAUCUUCACAAACCUGUCCACCAGUGAUGAUGAAGAAUAUUCCAACCAUUCAGGGGAUGCCACCACUACCUACAAUGGCUGGAAUGGGUCCAAUGCCCACAAUGCCACCUAUGCCAAACAUGUUCAUGAACAACUCAAUGUUCCCCCAGAUGUAUCCAAGAAUGGGUCCCAAAUCGCCUUCAUACAUCAGACAACAAGCUAUAAAAAACAGGUACACAAAGCCUCCAGCACCUUCGCCUAAGAAUAUGGACGCUUUCUUGAACGAGACGCUCGAAUCUGAUGAAAAGACUGACUGGAAUGUUGCCUUGAGAGAAGAAAUAACAAGGAUACUAAAGUCAGAACUGACAAGAUUUAACGAUUUGCAUGAUAUCAGUGAUAUAUAUUCUGGAUCUAACCUUGGUGAUAAAUCAUAUGUAACAUCAAAACCAGAUAAAACAGAAAAUAAAAAGGACAAGAAGAAUGAUAAGGAAAAGAAAGAGGAAACAGAUAAACCGUUCCAUUACGUGGAUUUGGAAAAAAUCGUGGAAGUGUUGAUUGAAAAAUUCAAGCCGGUGAUGGAAGAAAUGUGGAGUGAAACCAAAAAAUACCAUCAAUACGGAUUAGAUGAGUUUUACUAUCUAUUAACACAAGGUUCUAACACUUUAAACACCACAACUAAUGGAAAUUUACAAAUUCUAACUAUCUCUGGCAAUAAAUCGAGUGAAACACAGGAAACAAAUAAAAAAGAAUGGCACAAGGAAGAAGACAAUGGAUCCAAUGAGAAAAGUUCAGGUGGAUCAGAGUUGGUAGUGUUACGUGAUUUAACGGGUUUAAAAAGCUUAUUUCAGAAAAGAGACGAAAUUGAGAAGCUUUUGGCUUCAUAUCGCAAUAUAUCAAGAUUAUCAUUCGGGAACAAUUAUUUUACAUUUUCAAGCUUUACCACUGGACCCAUGCCCAGCGAAACUGACCCGAAUUUAACCAACGAUAAAAAGGAAGAUAUUUACCUAAAAAAGGCCAUUGAAUAUGCAGAUGUUGCUUCUAAUCAGAAGUUACUUGUAAACAAUGUUACUGCGCUAGAUUUUAGGUCAGCUCUACUCGGCAAUAACCUACAAAACUAUCUCCCGAAUCCAUAUAGGUCUGGCCUAAUUGAAAUAAUUAAUACUGUUCAUUUUGACUUAGGAACCCCUCCUCCACUAUCCCCAAAGUUCAAUAAAAGGGAACCUGAACAAGAUACAGUAUUGAACAAGGUGUAUGAGACACUACAAAAUUUUCAAAACGCAGAGGCUAAUACCGCUAAACCUCCACAUUCCAACCUGUCAUUUGCUAAAUUUAUGGCAAGCCAUAAUCCAUACUCAAGAGAAGACAGACUAAAAGAAAUUUUAAACAAUCAAGUGCCUGUAAAUAAGGGCUUUAAAUUGCCACAUCCCAUGAAAAUGUACCCAAAUUUGCCUCCAAACAUGGGUGUUAUCCAUCCCAAUAUGAACACAAUGCCAACCAAUAUGGCUAACGCAGGAGGAAACAUGCCAAAUAUGGGACCUAACAUGGGUAAUUUCCCACCACCCCUUGGUAAUAUGCCAAUGAACAUGGAUCCAAUCCCUAAUAUUCCACCCAAUAUGAAUGGAAUACCAGGAAACAAUAACAUGGGAAAUAAUGUGAAUAAUGUUCCAGGUAAUAUGAAUGGGAUGGGAACUGGUAUGGGUAAUAUGCCAAUUCAUCAAGGCCACCCGCAAAAUUACACAAUUCCUUCAGGAGCUGUCCCACAGCAGAUGCAAAUGCCUAUGCCGAACGUUCCACCACACAUCCAAACGGGAAAUACCCAGUUUUACAAUAAAUAA